AUGGGCUCGCUGAGCAGCCGCGUGCUGAGGCGGCGAGGGGGCGGCUCCCCGCGGGGCAACGGGGCGGCCGGGGACGGCGGCGGUGGAGGCGGGGAGGGCCGGGGCGGCAAGAGGAAGCGCGGCGGCGGCGAGGGGCCCGGUGACAGCGACAGCGACGGCGAGGCCGAGCGCGAGGAGCGGCUGCUCAACACGCCCCGCAGGAAGAAGCUCAAGAGCACCUCCAAGUACAUCUACCAGACCCUCUUCCUCAACGGCGAGAACAGCGACGUGCGCAUCUGCGCCCUGGGCGAGGAGUGGAACCUGCACAAGAUCUACCUGUGCCAGUCAGGCUACUUUUCCAGUAUGUUCAGUGGUUCUUGGAAAGAAUCCAGCAUGAACGUCAUUGAGUUGGAGAUUCCUGACCAGAAUAUUGAUAUAGAAGCUCUACAGGUGGCUUUUGGCUCCCUGUACAGAGAUGAUGUGCUAAUAAAACCCAGUCGAGUAGUUGCACUUCUAGCAGCAGCCUGCAUGCUACAGCUUGAUGGCUUAAUUCAGCAAUGCGGUGAAACAAUGAAGGAAACCAUUAAUGCAAAAACUGUGUGUGGUUAUUACAAUUCAGCGGGGACAUAUGGGUUAGAUUCUGUGAAGAAAAAGUGCCUUGAGUGGCUUUUGAAUAACCUAAUGACCCAUCAGAGUGUUGAACUCUUCAAAGAACUCAGCAUAAACCUCAUGAAGCAACUGAUCAGCUCCUCUAACCUGUUUGUAAUGCAAGUGGAAAUGGAUGUGUACACUGCUCUUAAGAAGUGGAUGUUCCUUCAGCUCGUGCCUUCUUGGAAUGGAUCUCUGAAACAACUUUUAACAGAAGCUGAUGCCUGGUUUGCCAGGCGUAGAAAAGAUUUUCAGGGUGACAUUGCAUUUCUGGAAUCAGAACAAGGGUGUGCAUUCCUGCCAGUAUUCAAACACUUGAGAUUGCAGUACAUCAUCAGUGACUUGGCAUCGGCCAGAAUUAUUGAGAGAGAUUAUCUGAUACCCUCAGAAUGGCUGUCUUCUGUUUACAAACAGCAGUGGUUUGCCAUGCUCAGAGCAGAACAAGACAAUGAUAUUGGGCCUCAAGAAAUAAAUAAAGAAGAACUGGAAGGAAACAGCAUGAGGUGUGGUAGAAAACUUGCAAAGGAUGGUGAUUACUGCUGGCGAUGGACUGGAUUCAACUUCGGCUUCGACCUCCUUGUUACUUACACAAAUCGUUAUAUCAUUUUCAAGCGAAACACGCUGAAUCAGCCGUGCAGCGGAUCAGUCAGUCUGCAGCCUCGCAGAAACAUAGCCUUCAGGUUACGUCUGGCCUCUUUUGAUAGCAGUGGGAAAAUCAUUUGCAGCAGAACAACAGGAUAUCAGAUCCUAACCCUUGAGAAGGACCAGGAGCAAGUGGUCAUGAAUUUGGACAGCAGACUUCUCAUCUUCCCACUCUAUAUCUGCUGUAACUUCUUGUACACGUCGCCAGAGAAGAAAACGGAGAGUGAGGCACUGCUAGAGAAUUCAGAAAGCUGAGACCUCCUCGGUGGAAUAUAGUAGCACUUCUCUAACUUUCUAUGCCCUGCUUUAAAUUAAAUGCCCUGCUGACGCACAGAGCUAUGACAAGGGAAAAAGAAAAGGCCUUACACUGUAGCAAAUAUAUAUGGCUGUUCUGCAGCCUCAGUAUACUCCUAUGCAUACCUGAAAUGAUAUAGGCCAAAACUAGUUAUCUCCUAUUUGUUCUUUUAUUUUUUUAAUCUUUCUGUCUUGCAUUUUCAGACAGUAGCCAUUCCAUGUUUUAUUUCUGUUUCUCUGGGCAAAAUCUGAGCCAAAUUGGAAAUAAUGAAUUUGUGUGAAUGGCAUUACUAGCUUACCUUGUAAAAUCUCAAGCACACAUGGUAGCCUCUGUGUGUGUGUUUAGUGGUUUAGGUUCGGUUGGUUUGGGUUGUUUUGGUUUUAAUAACUGAUCUGUAAAUACCAGAAACAUCAUCUGCUUAAUUGUGUCCUUUUUCAUCAGGGCCAGAUACAUCUGUGUAAAUAUUGCCUGUCAACUUUUGUUAGUCAUUUAAGUGUUUGUACAGAUUUUCGGAGUUGCUUGGUUUUAAGCCUUUAUUACAUCUCAUUAGAUAUAUCUUUCCUUAUUGCUCUUAGGCCUUUUAUUUUUAAUGUUAUGUGGAAAAAAACUUUCCUUUUUUUUUUUUUUCUUAGCAAAUGAAUUUUCAGUUGAGGAUAUUCAGAAGUGAUUUUUUUCCAAGUACUGAGAAUUCUCUAAUGGACUAACUGUUAUUUAAGUCUAUUAUACAGCAGCAGCUCACCAAGGAUUCUACUGAAUCCUUAAUGUACUCAUGUAAACCAAAUACCAUUUUUUUAAACUCUUUUCAUUUUUGGUGGCUUCUUUUAAAUGUUACAUUGGGAAUCUAUCCUGCUUUAGCUCAGGAAUCUGUGACCUUUGAGUGCCUUUCRAGUCGUAUGUGUUAACACAAACUUCACAUCAGUUAAGCGAGGUCACAGGCUCCACCAUGAGAGCUGGGAACAAGGGAUUCAUUCUGAGUUGGUUUAAUGAACCAGUCAAGAGUAAGAGGUACAUUGUAUUAGUUUUUUUGUAUGUAUUGGUUGGUUUUUAUGUUUCUCUACUGCUAUUUUGAAUUCUUACAUGAGGAUUUUUGGAUUCAAAGUGAGAAUUUUGCC